GGGGCGUUGGAGCGGCGGGCAGCGAGUGCGGGCGGAGGAGCGGCGUUGGGUUUGGCACCGGGAGCUGCCUGGUUUCGCCGCGGGACGCGGAGGCGCCUUGGCGCUCCCAGCUCAGGCUCCGCAGCGUCCCUGGGGAGCCUCGCGGCCUGCGGGGGCACCCGAAGUCCCGGUCCUGGUAGCCCUCUGGCAACCAUGGAGGAGCCACGGUGCCUGCAGGCCAACUGCUUCUUCCGUGGCAAGGAGCACAGCAUCCAGCUGAGUGUGAGCCAAGCAGUACUGGAGGUGGAGGUGGAGGAGCGCCGCAGCACCAAGCGCUGGCGGGGCCACUUUGAUGCUGCCUCUGUCGAGGACCUGACACGCAAAACAGGCAACUUCAAGCAGUUUGGGAUCUUCUGCAGCAUGCUCGAAGCGGCACUGAUGAAGAGCAGUGAGGCCGUCAGCCUGGAGCUGCUCACCUAUGGUGACCUGGAGGCCCUGCGGUGCUGUAAGGUGGGGGUGGCUACACGUGUCCCCCCCUCAACCUCGCCACUCAGCAGCAAGCGCUACCUCAUCCUCGUCUACUGCGUUGAAUUUGACAGGAUCCACUACCCGCUGCCGUUGCCCUACAUUGGUGAGGCAGACAUGGCUGCAUUGCGACGCCUGGUGCAGGAGCAGCAGGAUGAGCUGGCACAGCUGCGGGAUGAGCUGCGGCGGGCACAGCAGGAGGUGUGGAGGCUGGAGGAUGAACGGCUGCGGGACAAGGCCUGGCAUCAGCAGGAGCAGCGGCGGAUGACCAAGGAGCUGACAGAGGUGAAGGCGGCUGAAAAGAUGCUGCGGGCGCAUGUGAAGACACUGACGGCUGAGCUGGCGGUAUGCAGAAAAGGGCGCAGCACAUCAGCCACAGCAGCACCAGGCUGCCCACAGGAUCGCCGCCGCUCUAACUCCCGGGACAGCCGUAGUAGCAGCCAAGGCCGCCUGCCACCACGGUCCCCAUCUCCUGCAGGCUCACGGCCACCACGCUUCAACCCCACAGCCUUUGUGAGAUCCCGCGAGCAACGGCGGCAGGAGGCUGAGCUCCGAAGGCAGAAGCUGCCACGUGGGACGGUGUCAAGUGGUGACAACUGUAGGAGGAGGGGCAGGCGCAGCUCUUCAGCUGAAAGUCUCCAGAGCCGGCGCUCAGCACAGAGCUCAGGCAGCGAGGCUGACACAUGUCCCCAGCGCCGCAGGGGCUUGGGGGGUCCUAGCACCCGGAGUCCACUGAGUGCUUCAUCCUGCAACAGCACUAGUGUGGCAUCUCACCCAAAUAGGGGCUGUAAACAGCAUGGGAAAGAGAACCUGGGCACAGAGCCCUCAGCCACCCUGUCUGAAAUCGAUGCCCGGCUUCAAGCACUGCAGGCAUACAUCAGCACCCUGGGCACUCACAUGUGAGCCCCCCAGGGGCCACCAGGAGCUCGCCUCAGAGGGACCAGACCCAGGCAUUGGUGUGCCAUGAGGCCACCAGUGCCCAGGCUGUGUCCCCACUGUCCCCCAAAAGGGACAGCACUGGCAGGAUGUGGUGUAAUAAAUGCCUGUAUGGCUCUGUGGGACAAUCA